AUAAUGACACUAAUCAACAAAAAAAUUCACAUAAAUUAUUUGAUUUUUUUAUUAUCGUGAAAGUGCUUGUUUAUCAUUCAAAAUAUUAUGAAGUAAACAAAUUAUCAUUUUAAUGAUCGAUUGAGACCUGCUGAAAUCUUGUUUAUUUAUUCUGUUCAAAAUUUAAUGUCAUAUUAAUUAUUCAUAUAUGAGAAGAAUUUCUUUUUUUUUCUUAAAAAAAUUUUUCUAAAGAUCAUUCUCACUCUAUGUGAAUAUUAAAAUCAUUUGUGAGAUUUCGAAAGUAUGAAAUUGAGUUCUGAAACGAACAAAUUUCAUUCAAACUAUAAUUAUCAAGUUUCUAUAAAAUAUGAGCAAAAUAAAUCUCAAUUGAGGUACAAGUUAAAAUCGUUUGAUUGCUCUAAAACUAAUCUCUAUUCAGAAAGUAGUCGAGUUGGUAGUUAUCAUUUUUUUCAAGUAAAAAAGUUCAGACAACUUGAAAUAUUGUUUCUUGGAUAAAGGUAUAUGUUUUGAGUGUAAAUCAAAUCAUCAUUGAAUGUAAGAAUUUACAAUUUCUUCAUAAGAGUUUCUAUUGUUUUGGAAAUGAAAUGAAAAGAAACGAACAUGAUAAAAUAUGUUUUAAUGCAAUUGUAACCAAAUCUCUAUCUAGAUGAGUUUGAUUACGGUUGAUAAACAUUUUAAUCUUAUUAGUGUUAUCUUUUUUUGAGUGACUCUAUUUAUGAGUUGAUGGUGCAAGACCAAUACUUCAUAAUAAAAGGGUAUAAAAAGACAAUAAAAUCAUUUCAUUCUCUAUUAAUAACUUCUUUAGAACUCAUUUUAGUAUAAGAAAAUUUUUACAAUGAAUACCUUCUUCACAAUUGUAUCUCUAGUCGCUACCUAUAUUGAUUGGUACGAACCAAUUGAAAAUAUACAAAAAAAUAAAUCUAGUAUUCUAUCGAAAUAUCUUUCAUAGGUGUGGCUCAAUGUAAUAAUGGCACACAAAUAUUUGCCGAACGAGCUAGCUCCUAUUGCUAUUAUUGUUCGAAUUGUCCGCGACCAUUCACUACUUUCAGUUCAUCUGUUACGCAAGUCCCUUCAAAUACGGGUUGGUGUACUAUGAUGAGCAGUACAAGUUCACUUGAUGGGAUUUAUACUCGAGGCAUUGCACAACCAGAUCUCUGCAGUUCUACUGGAUGUUCAUGGAAGAUGGUCGGUCGAGUUAAUACAUGGGUUUGUUGUUGUAAUCAAGAUUUAUGUAACGCAUAUGUUCCAAAAGCUUGUUACUAUGGUUCAAAUUGUCCACGACCAUUCAGUCCUUACAGUUCAUCUGUACGGACUAUCGAUUCAACUACAGGUGGAUGUGCUAAAAUGAGCACAACGAGUUCACCUGAUGGAAUUUAUACUCGAGGUGAUGCUCCACCAAAUGCCUAUGAAGAUUCAACGGAUAAUGAAUCAGCAAAUGACGAAUUGACAGAUGAACAACGGUCAGAAAGUAAUAUCAAUAGUGAAGAUGCUAGUGAAAAUGAACCUAGUCGUAAAAAAGACUCAAAAAUUGUUUAGUAUUAGUAUUAAUUCACUGUAUCUGAUGACCUUUGAAAAUAUUUUGUUGUAUUGUAACAUUUACUCUAAAAGCUUCUGUGUAUUGUGGUCAAAUUCUUAAUAAAAAUUCGAAAAAUAGCAGUGAAAUAAGCUCUAAAUCGCAAUGGUCUUUUAAGUCAAGCAUACUUUCAGAUUAUUAUACGUCAAUAAAAGAUUACUAAAUUUGAGGUCUAAAUAUUUGGGUAUAUGUCUGAAAACAUUCUUUCUACAAAAUGAGAUAAUUUUCAUUAAAAUCUAAAACUUUUGAUUGGAGACAAUGACCGUGAUCCUUAUGCAAUGACUCUUAUGUAAGAUAUCUGAUGGGUACAGUAUACAAAACUUUUCAUGAACAAUUUUUUUAUUUUAACUCAAGUCAGCGUUAAAUUCUCUAUUGAAUGGUAUAUAAACUGAAUAUUAAGUCAUGUGAAUAUUCUGCCAAAACUCAAUCAAUCAGAUCUUCUACUACCUUGAAACCUAUACAGACCAGAAAGAUGCUUAUAUGGUGAAAUAUAAAAAUAAGAUGAAACUUAUUUCAAACGACCUUUGUUGUUUUCUAAUCCUACCAAAAUUACUCGAGGCCUCUCUAUAUCCUAUACUAUAGUAAAAAUGGCAGUAUAUUGUAAUAAGGCUUGUAGGGUCGAACUUCAAGAUCUCAAACUUUUGAUUACAUGAUUAAGUAGCACUAAGGUAGUAGUCUUUAAGAAAAAAAUUGAGCAAAUUCUAUCAUACUGAUCUGAAGAAAGCCUAUCGUGAAGAUAGUCUAAGUUUUGAGCCUAAUAUAUUAGGAAACAUCCUAGUGAAAAGAUAUCGUGAAAACAUUUUAAAUGAAAAAUUAACACAAAAUGAGUUUAUUUAAUAAAAAGCUAUUUUGGGUGCUCUUAGAAGAAAUAUCAUAUCUCAGUCAAAAUUCAUCCUUUUAAUCUAAAAAUUUGGCUAUAUGCCUAAAACGUGCAUCUCGUGUAAUGAUUCCUAGAUGUGUCAUUUCAGAUUCAUUAAAACGGGUUUUAUUAUACCGUUUAAAGUAUAUCUAAAAUGUGGAUUUAUACACGUGUAGAUGUUAGAAAUUUUCACAUAAAUAAGCAAACAUAGCUAAAAUAGUUCAUUUCUCAUAUUGAUUUCAUUAUAUUUUGUUCAUUGCAAAACAUAAAAGGAAAUAAGCAAGAUAUUCUUCUUGUUUUUAAUAUGUGAGGUAGUAUCAGUAGAUAUGCACGUAGUUUCUUAAAACAACAUUUCAAAAAUUGUAACGCUUUUAUAAUUUCUCCUUCAAACUAUCUUAUUAAUUGCAAAUGUUCUGUUGCGUUAGGUAACAAAGCAUUUGUGUCCGAAAGAUCCAUAAUCAAUGUGUUCAAUCUACUCAUCUCUAGCACAAAUCAAAUAAAAAAAAGCCUCAAUUUUCUCUUAUUCAUCUACAUGUGGCUCCGAUUAGAACCAUAAAACAUGUUUUAUGUGAUAACAUAUAAAUAGCAUUCAAAGAUUAAUCUAUGGUAUAAAUCAUAAAUUAAUACUUCGAGUGAUAAAUUUACAUAAAAAUUGUUUCGAUGACAUUGCUAAGAUUGACUGAAGAGCUAAGAAAUAGAUAGAUUUGUUUCAAAAGAUAUCAGUUAUUAACAACUACUUGAAGUACUUUUUUUUGACAUUAAAUUUUAGUGUAGCUUGUUCUGAUUCACAUAUUUUAAAUAAAAGAGAGAAGAGAGAAUAAGAAAAAUAAUUAAAGAGCAUGUAUUCAAGCAAAAUUAAAUUAUGAACUACUGCAAAAAAAUAUUCUCUGUGCGUUAUAAGAAACAGAUUAAGGGGACCCCCC